AUGGGGCGCCUCAGGAAGCUGUACCUCUUUGGCAACCAGCUCAGCGGGCCGCUGAGCCCUGAGCUGGGGGCGUCCUGGGCGGCCCUGGAAGACCUGCAGCUGUACCGCAAUGAGUUGUCGGGGCCGCUGCCGCCAGAGUGGACCAAGAUGGGGCAGCUCAAAAGGCUGUACCUCUUCGACAACCGCCUGUCUGGCCCGCUGCCGCCGGGGCCCUGGCCGGCGAUGGAGCACCUCCAGCUGGCGGGCAACGGCUUCACCGGGCCGGUGCCGCCGGAGUGGUCCGCAAUGGCGAGCCUGAAGGUCCUCAACCUUGGCGGCAACGCGCUUGCGGGCACCCUGCCGGCAACGUCAGGCGCCCUGGGCAAGAGCCUGCAGGUGCUGAGGCUAUCAGACAACCCAGGCCUGACAGGCUGCCUGCCGAGCGGCCUGGAGAGGUUCAAGGAGGAUGAAGAUGCCUGCAAGGGCACUGGCAUCGAGUGCAACAACAUAUGCUGA